AAACCCUCUGAUUGAAAUCGAACCGACUCCAUACGAUCAAGUUUUAAAGUCUCUCUCUCUCUCACACGGUUCUUAAGCUCCGGGAUAAAAUGGCGACGGACGACGUGAAGCUGAUAGGCUCAUGGGCGAGUGUCUUCGUCAUGAGGGCGAGAAUCGCUCUCCACCUCAAAUCUAUUAGCUACGAAUUCCUCCAGGAGACUUUCGGUUCAAAAAGCGAAUUGCUCCUCAAAUCUAACCCGGUUCACAAGAAGAUACCGGUUCUGAUUCACGCUGACAAACCGGUUUGUGAGUCCAAUAUCAUCGUUCAGUACAUCGACGAGGCUUGGAACUCAUCUGGACCGUCCAUUCUCCCGUCUCAUCCUUACGACAAGGCCAUCGCUCGUUUUUGGGCUGCCUACAUAGACGAUAAGUGGUUUAUCUCUCUGAGAAGUAUCCUAACAUCUCAAGGAGAAGAGGAGAAAAAAACAGCCAUAGCUGAAGUCGAAGAAAGUACCGAGCUUCUUGAGAAAGCAUUCGUGGAUUGCAGCAAAGGUAAACCGUUCUUCAACGGUACUGACCAUAUCGGUUACCUCGACAUUGCCUUGGGGAGCUUCUUGGGUUGGUUGAGAGUCGUCGAGUUGGAUGCCGGCCAUAAAUUUCUUGAUGAGAGCAAGACUCCUUCUCUGUCCAAAUGGGCAGAGCGGUUUUGUAAUGAUCCCGCUGUGAAACCUAUUAUGCCCGAGAUUACCAAGCUCGAUGAAUUCGCAAGGAAGGUCUUUCCUAGGCAGCAAUCCUAAAAGUCAAGGAAGGAUAUGGAUCCUCUUAAAUGUAGAACUUUGGAGACUGAGAUUGCAGAAAUUGGAUGUAGGUAAUGAAACUGGUUUACUAGGAUGUGGAAUGGGUUUACUAAGAUGUAAGUUAUGUAUGUUGUACUGAAAUGUAAUAAACCCCAAGGCAGAGCCAAAUAUAGUUUUUAUGUUUUUUUGCA